AUGUAUUACUCGGUCCUCAUCGCCCUUCUCUCCACCUCGGUGCUACACCUCAGCGUCGCCUCCUCUCCCGUACUUGAACCCAAUACUAUCACGAUCCGCCUCACGGGCGAUCUUCACGCCGUGAACGGUAAUUCGUUCACCGCCAAUGUCAAGCGACCUUGGCCCAAAGACGUCCUGGCCGCUGACAAUGCCAACUUUGUCAUCAAUGGGGUGGGCGAGCUGACCACUCCUCCCAGCGGGUCAGCCGCUACGGACAAGUCCAAUACGGUCAUCAAGCAGGUGAUGGGCUACAAGGGCAGCUACGUGAAGACUUCUGCGACGGAUGCGACUGCCGUGAGCGGUGUGUGCACAAUGCAACUCAUCGAUACGUCCAUGAAGAUGAACAAUACAGCGGAGUUCACGCUCUCGCCUGAGGACGUGGCGGAGAGCGUGCGGAGCAAGCAGCCCUUCUACAAGGCGUCGAUGGAUUCCAACUGCGAGUUCCGCUGUACCGCCGUGGACGAUAUCAUGUGA